GGCUUAGAAAAGGAUUACUCCCUCUGGGGUUAUGGGGUGAACUAGAAAAUAUUGCUUAACUCUAGAGUAAAGCUGUAAGUCUUCUGACUCUGUGUAGAGUUGUGUGCUGUUUGGAGACUGGGGCUUAAAUACAAAAUCAGAGCUCGAAACGCCUCCUCCCACUCUUGGAAAAUGCCAACUUCUUCUUAGAGUAGUUGUGCAUAUAAUCUCCUUCCCUGACCUAGCCUCUUCCCAGGAAAAUACACUCCUAAAUCAGCUAGGAGUUGGGAUUAAAUUGGAAAGGUGGAAUUUGGUAGUGGUAGAAUUGCAGUCUUGAAUUGUGCUCGGUGAAUGCCGACAUUGUUAUACCAGUUAGCAGUGAUUUGUACAUCACUUAGAAAUCCUGGGGUGGGGCAUUACAAAGGGAAAAUUGAGUGCUUUUAUGAGAAAGAGGCUGAAGGGUCCAUAUGCAAAGGAUGAAAUAUAAAAAGGUAUAUAAUUAAUAAUAGAUGGAGUGUUUUCAAAAGCAUUAAACUAGACCAGCCUCCAGGGAACCUAGAAGUAUGACGAUGAAAAUUAGUUAGAAAGGAAGAAAUUUUACUUGCAGUGGUUUUUUUCUGCUAGCCAAAAAUUUCACAAUGUUUACAAAGUCAAGACAAUGAUUCAGGGAUACUUCAGUUAUUGCCAUACAUUAUAAAUACUGUUGCGGGACAAGAUCUGUGGUUCCUUGGUCAGCAAGUUCUGGCAAUGAAACCACUGCCGCUGGUGCAAAGAAUUCUGGGAUGUCUGACAGUGAAAUGGAUGGAAGGACCCACAUUCCAUCUCUACUUAAUGUCCUUUUGUCCAGAAAUCGGGUCAUGCAAAUGAGCUACUUGAAAAGUAAAGAAAAAGGAUAUGGAAAACUAAGCAGUGAUGAAGACCUCGAAAUAAUUGUUGAUCAAAAGCAGGGAAAAGGCUCUAGGGCGGCAGAUAAGGCUGUUGCCAUGGUGAUGAAGGAGAUACCGAGGGAGGAGUCUGCUGAAGAAAAGCCCCUCCUAACUAUGACAUCACAGCUGGUGAAUGAGCAGCAAGAAAGCAGACCCCUCUUGAGUCCCUCCAUCGAUGACUUUCUCUGUGAAACCAAAUCGGAGGCAAUAGCAAGGCCAGUAACGUCCAACACAGCCGUAUUGACCACAGGCUUGGAUCUCCUUGACCUGAGUGAACCUGUCUCUCAAACCCAAACCAAAGGCAAGAAGUUGGAGGCCUCAUCAAAAACCUCAUCCCUCAAGAAAAAGGCUGAUGGAUCCGAUCUCAUCAGUGCAGAAGCUGAGCAGAGAGGCCAGCCUCUCCGAGGCCCAGAGACAUCAUCUUUAGAUUUAGACAUUCAAACACAACUGGAAAAAUGGGAUGAUGUUAAGUUUCACGGAGAUCGAAAUAGCAAGGGACAUCAAAUGGCGGAGAGAAAAUCAUGCUCAUCUAGAACUGGAUCAAAAGAACUCUUAUGGUCCUCAGAGCACAGAUCUCAACCAGAGCUAAGCGGAGGGAAAAGCGCCCUGAACUCUGAGUCAGCUUCCGAGUUGGAAUUAGUGCCUCCAGCACAGGCUCGACUGACCAAAGAACAGCGCUGGGGAAGUGCAUUACUUUCCAGAAACCACUCCUUAGAAGAAGAAUUUGAAAGGGCAAAAGCAGCAGUGGAGUCAGAUACAGAGUUUUGGGAUAAGAUGCAGGCAGAAUGGGAAGAAAUGGCUCGGAGGAACUGGAUAUCAGAGAACCAAGAAGCUCAGAACCAAGUUACAAUCUCGGCCAGUGAGAAGGGAUAUUACUUUCACACUGAAAAUCCCUUCAAGGACUGGCCUGGAGCAUUUGAAGAAGGCUUAAAAAGACUGAAGGAAGGGGACCUACCCGUCACCAUCCUGUUCAUGGAAGCAGCGAUUCUUCAGGACCCCGGAGAUGCAGAGGCAUGGCAGUUCCUUGGGAUAACCCAGGCAGAGAAUGAAAACGAACAAGCAGCUAUUGUCGCCCUCCAGAGGUGUUUAGAAUUACAGCCCAACAACUUGAAAGCUUUGAUGGCCCUGGCGGUGAGUUACACUAACACGGGCCAUCAGCAGGAUGCCUGUGAGGCUCUAAAGAAUUGGAUUAAGCAAAACCCAAAGUACAAAUACCUUGUGAAGAGCAAGAAGGGAUCUCCAGGCCUUACCCGGAGGAUGUCCAAGUCUCCAGUUGAUAGCUCUGUUUUGGAAGGAGUUAAGGAAUUAUAUCUGGAAGCUGCCCACCAAAAUGGAGAUAUGAUUGAUCCAGACCUACAGACAGGCCUGGGGGUACUGUUCCACCUGAGCGGAGAAUUUAAUAGAGCUAUCGAUGCAUUUAACGCUGCCUUAACUGUUCGGCCAGAGGAUUAUUCAUUAUGGAACCGGUUGGGGGCGACACUGGCGAACGGUGACCGCAGUGAGGAAGCCGUGGAGGCCUACACGCGUGCCCUGGAGAUUCAGCCGGGCUUCAUCAGAUCCAGAUACAACCUGGGCAUCAGCUGCAUCAAUCUGGGCGCCUACAGAGAAGCGGUCAGCAAUUUUCUCACUGCCCUCAGUUUGCAAAGAAAGAGCAGGAAUCAACAGCAGGUCCCUCAUCCUGCGAUCUCUGGAAAUAUCUGGGCCGCCCUCAGAAUCGCACUCUCUCUGAUGGACCAACCGGAACUCUUCCAGGCGGCUAAUCUCGGCGACCUGGAUGUCCUCCUACGGGCUUUCAACUUGGAUCCUUGAAGGAAAAGAAAGCAAUUAAAAAUAAUAAAUCCUUGUCUGUGUGAUUGUACCGAGAAAUGCAAAACUAUUUUAUUAUGAAUUCAAAAAAAAAAAAAAAAAAGGACAAACCAGUCGUCCAAAAGGCCAUGGUGAGAUAACACAAGGGAAUUCCUACAGACAAUGCCCAGGCUCUGUUCAGAUUCAAAAGCACAAAAUGUUCUAUAUAGCGUCAAGGUUGGGCUCAAAAGAAGAACUGAGAGACACAAAGACAAACCAAGAUGAAAUAACGGUGUGUGAAUACUCUUCCCGACCUGCAAGCAUACUCAAAACAUGUCCUGUGGGGGGUUUUGUCCCCAUUCGCAGCCGAUACAUAUCUAAGGAACUUGCUCAUGGGACACGUGGAGAAAGGAAGCACUGCCUCUGAUCAGGGAAUUCUGACUGUUUCUGAACUAUCCCCCGCAACUCUCCCUUUUACAACAUAGAUAGUUCGGGUCAAGGUGCAUGCACAUAUAUUAACUCUUGACUAAAGAGAGGCGUUGCUUAAACCUGUUCCAAUUUUAACUUUUACUGUAGCCCUUCGAUUCCAGAGAGGGAGCUUUGCUGGCAAAAGCGGUUUUUGCACUAGAAAUUUUUGCUGUUCCCAAUCAAAACUUUUCUGGGACUGUAUAUAUGCACUUUAAUAUCUUAUUUAUGCCUUGCUGGAGUUUUGUUUCGUUGCUCCAAUUUUUAACUUAGGGGUGAAAGACUUGAGAACUCGGCCUUGCUAGAUCAAUGGACCAAAUAAAAAUUCCUGAAAAUAGUUUUUCAUAGUGUAGAGUUUUGAAGGAGUUUUUCUUAAAGCAGGUAUGACAUAGGGUGUAAAUAGGUCAAACAGAUUUUACUCACAUGCUUUUCUGGGACUGUAUGAACUUAAGCAAAGGAAGACGUACCGUCCCGUCAUGCAUUCUCUGCAGGGAGGAAUUUUGAUGAUAACGUGAUUUCUAUAGACUUAACAUUAACUUGCUUAAAUGUCAUAUUUUACUUGCUUUCUAACUGCCCUGCACACCAAUAUAUUCCUUUUAAACCAUUAAUAUUUUAAAUAGUAUUUCGUAAGAGUGAUACAUUUUUUCCCUAAAAAUUAAGUGUUUUCUUAGUUCCAUAAUAAUCUGCACUGCACAGCCUUUUGCAUUCUAAGUGAUAGAAGAUCAAUAUUUUCUAGCUCAAUCUCACUGAAUGUCAGAGGUUUACUAUGAAAGAUGCAUGCCUUUUGGCUCUCAUUUUGAAUAUUUAUCAAGUAUCAGGAAUUUUCUGUUGGUGGUGGUUUUAUUUAAUUGACACAUUCUGCUCACUUCUUAGUGGUGUGGUGUGCCUGUUGGGGCUUGGUGAUUAUUUGGAAUGACAUCAUUUUUUAAAGAAUUAAAAAAGUUGUUUGCAAAAUGCUAACCAAAAUAUAGUAUUGCCAGUGUCCAAUUCUAGCAACUGGUCCUGGUAAGUGGUCCCAUUCUUCUUUGUCUUUUCUCCUUCCUUCCUCCAGAAUCUUCCCCAAAGCAAUCCAAUCGCAAUUUUUUCCUCACGUUCUUUGGUUAAUAGUAGCUGGUUGCUCUCACGAUGAUAGUUACCAAGCAAACAGCAUUUGAGUCAAGACAGUUUAAUUGACUGGGGAGUUAGCUUCUCCUGAGGGGAAAAGUGCAGGUAGAAAUCCUCUCCUCUGUUACCUCAGAAGUCCCUCCGCUAGGAAGGGGCCUCAAGGAACCACAAAACCACAAUUCCUUGAGGUUUAUGUACAUUAUAACAACAGAGAGUUUUUUAAAGCUUAUAAGGACAAAGAGUUUAUCAAGUUUAUAAGGACAAAAGAGUUGAGGGCCCAAUAGUGUGCCAAGCUUUUGUCUUUCUUGUUGAAGCUCACUAGGGCAAAGGUGGUGCCCCCAGCUGGACAGCAAGAGACAGAGACAGUAAGGCAUUUCACCAUUGGGCAGUAGUGACAACCCAGUCUUUGCAUACUUCCCUCCAGUCUCAGAAGCAAACAAAGCUGAACAAAAUUUUCAAGAAUAUUGUUUAGAAUUUUAGAAUCUUAAAAUUCAGUCUAGGAAGGACUUCGGGGCCAGCCUCCAAGUUCAUGGCAGCUGGCUGCUUAGAUAUCCCCAAUAGAAGAGCAUCCAUUCUCUGCGCAUUCACUGGCUGGCAAGCUGGUUUGCAUCCAUCCUUGUCCACUAGGAGCCUCUGAACACAGGAUUCAAACACAGGUUUCUGUUAUGAUGUCGUUCUACACUUUCAACAGAAACUGAAUUUGCAAUAUUAACAUGAUGACAUCAGUUAACAGUUUAAAGCCU